GGGCGGUAUACAGCAGUAGAGGAGGAGGAGGGAGAAGGGGAUUCCAGUCACAGACAUGUCUCUUUACAGAAACACCGUGUGGUUCCUGAAGGGGCUCCGAGAGUACACCAAAGGUGGAUAUGAGUCUGCAGCCAAGUACUUUGUGGCGGAAGAUUUGCAAGUUGAUGUUAAAGAAAAAUCCUAUAUGAUCACUGGAGCAAAUAGUGGGAUCGGAAAAGCGGCUGCUCUGGCCAUCGCUAAAAGAGGUGGUACUGUUCACCUAGUAUGCCGAAACAAGGACCGAGCAGAAGAAGCACAAACAGAGAUCAUUACUAACAGUGGGAAUGAGAGGGUGUUCGUACAUCUGUUGGAUAUGUCUGAUCCAAAAGAAAUCUGGGCAUUUGCAGAGAAGUUUAAGACUCAGAACAGACUCAAUGUACUGAUAAACAAUGCUGGCUGCAUGGUGAAUAAAAGAGAAUUAACAGAAGAUGGAAUAGAGAAGAACUUUGCAACAAAUGUCCUGGGUACCUAUAUUCUCACUAGAGCGUUGUUGCCUGUACUAGAGAAUGAAGAGGGUGCCAGGGUGGUAAGUAUUGAGGCAAUUUACCUUUCCUGUGUCUGUGUUUGUUUUUGUUUUUUUAAAGAGGACCUUCUUGACUUUAUUCUGGUUAUAUUGCGUUCUCAUUUCAUGCUCGGCAGGGCCUCCUCAAUUUGUUUUCAGCUACAAAUUUUUAAUUCAAUACCCCUGGUGUAUAUAACCCCAACUAUUUCUAUCACCAACACGGCCACAGUAGGUCACUGUUCUUGUACAUGCACGUUCUUCAAUUUUAUUCAAGGUGUACCUGACUGGAAUUUUUUUUAUUUAGCUGUAAGGUUAUCAAUGCCAGACUUCUAUGAAAAAAUGAAGACCAGAUUACGCACUGAAGAACAAGGUGCAGACACAGUGGUGUGGCUCACCAUAUCUCCUGCUGCAGUCAAACAUCCAAGUGGACUCUUCUUCCAAGAUCGUAAGCCUGUUGCUACCCACUUACCCCUGGCUUUCACUCACUCCUCCACAGACGAUGAAGAGAAGUUUCUUCAGAUUCUACAAGACAUGGCACUGAAAUUUGCUCCAUCAUCCAAGCUGUAGUAAACAUUCCAGUUCUUAGGAUGGUGUCUGGCUUUUGAUGCUGUGAGCUCUCCCAGGAAAGGAGGAGAGGUUACUAAAUUAUAAUAUUCAGUAACCUUACUGUAUAUCCUAAUGUGCUUGUUGGUGCACUGAUAUCAUUCAGGUUUAAAAGUGCCUACUAUGUAAUUGUUUACAUUAGCUUUAUUAAUAUUUAAUGCCUCCUGUGCAUGAAGAAAGAAAAUGUUUCUUGGGAUAUAUCUGUGGUGAGGCGGCAGUGUUCUACCUCAAGGAAAGCUAUGACAAUAGCUAGGAUGAUAGGACUUUGAGUCUGCAAUCAGCUGUCAAUAUGAUCGAUGAUUAGUGUUUUUACACUGAAACACCAUUCAUGACUGGUAUUUAUGAAGGACGAGUCUAUUUGUAGAAAUGUACCAGCAAAUUGUCCAUGAAAUGCAUCCCUUACAUUGGUGAUAACCGUCAUGAUGUGAGUGGUCCUCUGAUUGAACACACUACUGAAAUGUGGUUGGAUAGGAGCUUUCAUGCUCAAGUGCUCCAUUUUGCCAUAUUGAAAUAAAUAUUUUUGGCCAUCUUA